UGUGGUGCCGUGCAAAUUUCUCAAAGUUCGUUCAGUUUUCCGCGCCUCGUCGCUUUUCUAAUUAAAUGUGCGCGCUAACCCGUUAAAUGGUUUUUGGCCCGUUUAUUUAUUUAAGCCGCAACUCUGAUAACUGUUGGCCGAAAUAACAACAAGAACAGCCUUAAAAGCAUUGACCGCAAUUGCGUGUGGGCGUGGCAACCACAAGUGCAUACAGGCAACGCGUGUGUGGAUUAUGUGGUAUCAGCAAUAACCCGCUUUACAUGAUUAAAUGUUCCAGAUCUAACCAGUGGCAAAUCGGGAUAAGACACGCUCCUCCAAUUACCUGUUAACGUUAACAGGCUGCCCGUUGCUGACCCAACGCCCGUGCGGGCCUACGCGUCUCUUUGCCACUCACACACACACAUAACCGCAAUCUACACGGCCACACAAUGGGCAAGAAGAACUCCAAAUUGAAGCAGGAUACCAUUGAUCGUCUGACGACAGACACAUACUUUACCGAAAAGGAAAUACGUCAAUGGCACAAAGGUUUUCUUAAAGACUGCCCGAAUGGUCUGCUGACUGAACAAGGAUUCAUCAAAAUUUAUAAGCAAUUUUUCCCUGACGGAGAUCCCAGUAAAUUUGCCUCUUUGGUAUUUCGAGUAUUCGAUGAGAAUAAUGACGGAGCCAUUGAGUUUGAGGAAUUUAUUCGGGCUUUGUCCAUAACAUCACGUGGAAACCUCGAUGAGAAGUUACACUGGGCCUUUCGUCUUUAUGAUGUGGACAAUGAUGGCUACAUAACUCGAGAGGAAAUGUACAAUAUUGUUGAUGCCAUUUAUCAGAUGGUGGGCCAACAGCCGCAAACGGAGGAUGAGAAUACACCGCAGAAGCGUGUCGAUAAGAUCUUCGAUCAAAUGGAUAAGAAUCAUGAUGAUCGCCUCACCUUAGAAGAGUUUCGUGAGGGUAGUAAAGCUGAUCCACGUAUAGUGCAGGCGUUAAGUUUAGGUGGUGAUUAACCGCAAGAAUUGUAAUUGCGUUUAAAUUCGAGAUUGUCACAGAGUUGGAAGCAUGAAGCAAAGACAACGAAUUCGUGCACAAUAAAUAAAUAUGGUUUGAUAUAAUGGUUAAGUAACUUUGCAAGAAGUUUAUACAUAUACAAACACAUCCACACACCCACAUACACAAGCAGACCUACACACACACACACACACACACACACACACACAGACACACAUAUGUAUUAUAUGUCAUUUGCCUAGUGGCAGCUUGUUAGCCCCAAAGCCGCGGCUUAAAAUAUCGAAACGCAAAUUGAAUACAGAAACUGAAACUUGAAUUUGUUUGAGUGAAAUUCCAAAAAAUGCAGAUAUUUAAUACAUAUACAUAUACUACAACGAUAAAAAUUAUAAAACAAUUAACAAUGCAGCCCACAGAGGAAUAUUAUGCAAAAUUCGUCAGAAAACACCAAUUUAAAUAAUAGCGACGCUUUUUUAAAAUUACUUACUUAUACAUGUAUGUGCAUAUAUGUAUGUAUAUAUAUAUAUACAUGUAUAUGUAUACAAAGAUAAAAGUAUGCACCACAUACCAUAUAUAUUCAUAUAUAUAUAUAUAUAUAUAUAUUUAUAUGUAUAUAUAUGCAUAUACAUUUGUAUAACUUAGGCUUUUGUUUUAUUGUGAGAGCAUUUUUAUUGAAAUGCUUGCAAAAGGAAAGAAAUCAAUUUUAAAGCCAACAGAAAACAAAUUAAAUAAAUGAAAUUUAUAGUUGAAUUUUUUUUUUCAUAAAUUAAUUACAUAUAAAUGCUAAUAAACAUAUAAAUCAGAUAUUGUAGGCAAAAUGCGCCAAGGGCAAAAUAUUAAUACAUAUAGUAAAUGCCUAAAUAUAAUGCUAAUGCUUUUUAAAAAAAAAUAUAUAUAUAUACAAAUACAUACAAAAACUUACUCGUACUUGUAUGUGCCCCAAGCCAAACCCUAAAUACUAUGCUAAUAGAUGCUUUCCCAUCUCGAUUGUUAAGCCUUUUGCUGAGCCAGUUGCAGCAGCAACAACUGUUGAUAAUCGAACGUGUUGAUAUUUGAAGUUUAUUAAUGGAAAAUUUGCUUAUUGGACUAAUUAUAUACGAUUUAUAUAUACAAUAUAUAUAUAUAUAUACAUAGCUGUCUAAACUCAAUGUCAGGAAACGUUUUGUGUUAUCAAAUUGAACUCGCAACUCAAAAGUCAUCGAGCACAAAAAGGGGCAACCCCCCACUGAACAAUUGGUUCAACUUAUUGACACGAACACGAAAGCUUAUUGCAUGGGGCAUGGCUCUAUAACUUAUUCGAACCCCUCUUUCAGCUAUUAAAAUCCUAGCAGCUGGACUAAUGUCCACGAGCGUGUUCCUUCGGCGUGACUGUGUAUGUGCGUGUUUUUUUUUUGUUUGUCUUUUGAAAUUUAUAGAUAUGUUUUAGUUGCUAGAUUUAAUUUUUAUUGCACUGCAGCAAGCUAAUGCGCAGACAAUCAAUUUGGUUCCAAACUCUAGACAUUGCUCCGAUAAUGUUAUUUGAAAACAAAAAUACUUUUAACUAAAUCCUUAGCGUAGGCAAAUUUGUAAAAUUUGUUUCGUUAUUUUCAUUUCAUGGCGUACAUGUAUUUAAUGUAUUAUUGGAAGAUAAUUCAAAUUGGCUUUAAGCUAAAUUAGCCUAUCUAUAUGUUAAUCGUUUAUACACAUACAUACAUAUAUGGUCUGCUCAUGGAUACUUGAAGUACAGUUCGCAGUUUGAAUAAAAGCUAUUGAAAUAUGUGUUUCUUUUUUUAUUAUUGAAUAUUACCACCCAUAACUAUACCAUAUUUCUGCAUGCCUUAUUAAACAAUAUCAAAUUUUUCGACUACAUUUAUUUUGGCAUUCUUUACGACAACUACUUAGAGCUUGCAACUUUCUGAAAACAUAUUCAAUGGAAAUUAAAACGAUAUAUUUACAUACAAUAUUUAUACAAGUAUAUACAUUUGAAAUGCCUUGAGAACUAUCGCAUUUUACAAUCAUCAAUGUGCAAACUCUCUGGAAACUCUCUGGUAAACAAACACACUCUACACACUCUAUACCUUCUAUACUCUUUAUACACUAUGCAUAACACUUUAUACUCUUCUGUUAAUUUUCUGCUUUCGUAUAUUCUCUUCUCUACAACAAUCUAAUCACCAAACUAAAAUAAUUUCUAUUUUAUAUGUGGUUCAGCUUUAUUAAAACAAAACAAACAAAAAUUAAAAAAAAAAAAAAAAUUAAAACAAAUCUCUAAACUCUGAAAAACUUUGACUACAAUAAGUUAAAAGUAACAAACAUUUAAAAAUAUCAAUAAAACCUAAGUUCAAAAUCACAUGAAUAUAAGUUAAAUAAAAUGUUAUAACUAAACUCCACAUCUAUAAACAAAAAGAAAACCUCGAUUGUACAUUCUCUAUUGCAAUAUGCUUUACCUAUACUCUAUCAUAUCUACAGCCACGUAAUACUCUUCUCUAUUCGUAAAUAUUGCUUUGUGUUUCUCUUUCUCUUGGUGUUAUCUUUUUUACCGUUCAGAGCUAAAUAUAUAUUUUGCUUUAUAUCUAGCCAUAUAUUAUUUUUUUAUAUAAUUGAUUAAACGUGUUUUCUAAAUAGCUUGCGUUGAAUUUUGUAGAAUUUGUACAUACAGUGAUCUUUCAAUAUGGUAAAUAGUAGAGAAAAUACAAAAAGUUUUUAAAGAGAUUUCGAAAUUUAAUUGGCAUUUAUGGGCAUUUGUAUAGACCCUACAAAAUAUAAACUGAUUCCAUCUAGUUAACUAGUUACUCAUAUUGAAUGUUUACUGUAUUUCAGUAUGUUUUUUUCAAAAUAAUUUUUACGCUCAACAAAUACAACUACGUUCAGCAAAUCUUAAUGCAAUCGGUAAUGUUUGCAGGACUUCAAGCAAUCAAGAGUUUAAUUGUGCAAAUACUCAUAGAUUGAUUAGAGCUUAAAACCAAAUCAAGUGCAAUGGCAUUAAAAUAUAAACUUGUGUUUUCCUCAUAUGGCAAAAAAACAAAAAACAAAAUUGUGAAAAUAUAAAAAUUACUCAAGACUUUUGUUCUAAACUAAUACUAAAAUAUACCUUAUACGAAAUUUCUGAAAAUAACUGCAAUAAACAAUUGAUUUAGUAAAUAAAUUGACGCUGUGGUUUCCGGUAAUGAAAGCUUGCUACUUGUACACAAUAUUGUUGCUGUGUCGCUCUGUUAAUUGCCCGGUACAGAUAUAAUUAUGUAUUUUAAAGGUCAAAAUUGUGUAUUUACGUAUCUGUCUCUUACCUAAUACUUUUAUAUGUAUGUAAUGCGCAGUUUGUUUCAUUUGGAAACUAUUUAAAUUGAAAUGCAAAGGCAGCCUAAUGCCGAAAGUUCACAAAGUUAGUUAAACUUGCAUAAUGCACAAAAUAUUUGCAUGCCUUUUUAUCCUCACCGAAAUUCUUCAGCAAAUGCAAACAAUUUACACAUAUUUAUAUUAUACAAAUAUUUAUAUAGCUAUAAACUAUAUUAUUAGCUAGCAUAUAAGUUGCUUACAUGGGGCAAGCCACACUAAAAGAUGUCAAAAUUAUGAUGAUAUUAAUCAAACUAAAUUCUGUCGAUUCAUUAAAGAAAUGUGGGUAAAAGAGAAGCUGCAGCAACAAUCAAUUUUUUGGCGCUUAUUUCACUUGACGAGAAAUAUUGAAACAAUUGUACAUAGAAAAUUGUAGCAGCUAAGUUAAAGAGGAAUAACAACAACUACAAGAAGAACAAUACACAAAGAAAUAUAUACACAGUUAUUAUCCGAUAAUCUCUUAUUAUAUUACAUAUAUACUCUAACACUUAUGAUAAUUCAAAGAGAAGAUUUUUUUUAUAUAAUUAAAUAAUCGUCAACUAAAGGCAAUUAUUUUCAUUGUGCGGUAAAUACAAACGUAAGCAAUAUUUUUGUUAGCAUUAAUGUGAGUUAAGCAAAUGUUUUUAAUAUUUAAUUAAAGCCUAACGCGGUGUUAAAUUACCAUUAAAAAUGCAAAAAUUA